AUGUUUUCUGCACAGGGUGUUGCUGCUUUGGUUCUUCUUUAUAAUGUGCUGUUGGUGACUGCACUGGUAAGUAUACUUACUUAUACUUACUUAUAUUUUUUUCUUGCUAAGUUACUCAAAAUUGCCGGAGUUUUACCAAUACGCAAUAGUUACUCCAUAAUUUCUGCCACAGUAUGUGGACUUUAAUCUUAUCUGAGCAAAAAAACUGUAGUUUUCGUCAUAUUUGUGUAGAUUCAUGUGAUAUACUGUGUGAAAAUUCAAACAAGCAAGGUAAAUUCUCAGUCUCUUUAGCAAGUACACCCUUCAACAAAGGGUGCUUCUUAUGCUCCAAAUUUAAACUUUUCACACCUUAGCAGCAUAUCUGACACUUUAAUAUAACCCUGAGUCAGAAAUAACACUCUAGUUCGGCCGCACUUUGGGCCAAAUAUAGAAAAUUUCAUGUACCUGUGACUUUCUUUGGAGCAAGCAUUUUGGACAUUGAUUUAUUUUGGACUAUAGGAGUAAUGCCAGCCAUUCACAAACCAGACCAGAGAUAGGACUGCCUGGCUGAGGACUAAGAAAAGUUAAGAAAAUCAAUUUCAAAAGUUUAUCUAAGAUGUCAAACAAAGGUAAUUCAGAGCCUCAAAGUAAUCGCCAUAAGGAAUGAUGAUGUGACCAUGAUGACAGACACAAAGAGAAGAGACUUAAUCAUCCUGAAAACAGUAGAACAAGAUUUACUAAGGGUCUACAUGGAGAUCCCAUUUAUCACCCUGCGAUAGAAAGCAGAAACAUCAUGACCAAAACUAAUACCUUUGUACAAGUGUAGCAGCAAGAUAAAAAGAGGGGGAACAAACUAACAGCUAUCAGUCUCCACCAUCAGCCCUCACCUGUAGUCUGAUCCCACCUCACAGACCUCCAUUAUACCACCAAACCUUUUAACCUUUCACCCGGUGGAGCGCAACCUCCCAUCUUUUCAUCUCCCCUCAGGUCGAUCUCGAGCCCGUCUUCUGACAGACUUACAACCUGCUGCUCAGUCAACCUGAAAAUCACAUUCACACCAAGCAGAGUCCUGAGAGAGUAAAUUCAAUCAGCAGACAAGCUAAUUAUUUUGUUAACACUCCCUGUCUGUCACUACAAAGGCUUCACGCUUAAAUAAAAGAGACAGAUUUCCCCUCACUGAUUUAAUUCCACUGCAUGUCUUUUCAUUUCAGGGGGUGUUUUGUUGUAAAACAGGUAGAUCAUCUUUUAGACAUCCAAAUUAAUGCUGUUUAUUCUAAAUAUCCUGAUCAAUAAUAAGUAUGUAUUUUAAAAAAGGAUGCACACAAAAACCUGAAAAAACACAUUCACAGUGUCCACCAUAUAACCACAGCGAGUGUUUAAAACAGCCCACUGUGUCUGUAUUUUCUUUGGGUAACAGUCUCCUCCAUAAAUAAAUCUCUGCAGGCACUGAUAGCUAUUCAUAACUGAAAGCUACAAUAGUGAACACACUGUGAUCCAUUGGUGGUUUAUUUUCAUGCCUCAUGCCAAGAAUGUCAGUUAUCACAUACUCAUGAACACCAUCCAUUUCAGCGGAGUUUCAGUCUGUUUAAUCAGAGUGAGAGGUUUACUUCAGCUUUUAAGGCGUGUGAGAUGACAUGGCCGGAGUAACCAGAAAUAAUACAAGUCAUUGCAAGCAGUAGCUGGUUUGAAUCCUGGUUGUAACUCUUUUCUGCACAUCCCUUUUUACACUUCAUUUUACUCCUGUGUGUCUUCAUCUAUCCUAUCUUGAAAAAGAAGGAAAGUUCUACCCUACCCAGUUUUAUUAGUCUGAUGUAGCGGUUCCUAAAGUGGGAGUGGGGGGCAGUAAGAAACUUACCAGUUGGCUUAAGUUGCAGUCUAAUAAUCUAUCUAUCAGUUUUUAGCUUGUCUUAUGGCAUUAUUAUAUUAUAUUAUAUUAUAUUAUAUUAUAUUAUAUUAUAUUAUAUUAUAUUAUAUUAUAUUAUAUUAUAUUAUAUCAUAUCAUAUUAUAUUAUAUUAUAUUAUAUUAUAUUAUAUUAUAUUAUAUUAUAUUAUAUUAUAUUAUAUUAUUAAAAGUUACUUAUUCAGUUAUUCAUUACUCUAGUCUCUGAUUAAAAUGUCUCAACUUUUGUUGGAUUGCCAUGAAACAUUGUGCAGACAUUCAAGAUCCCGGGAGAAUAAAAUCCACUGAUUUUAGUGUUCCCCUGACUGUUCUCUCAGUGCUGUUCCCAGCCCUAUUUUUAAGUGAAAUCUUGAUGGAUUGCUAUGAAACAUAAACUUUGUCUCAAAAUUGUACUAACUUUGAAAUACCCUAGAGUACAACCUAACAUAACAGGUGGCAUUACAGCAGACUUUAUGAUGAUGUUUCUCAGCUUUUUAAAAUAUCUGUUUCUCUCCUUGUACAGUCAUCAUUACUUCCUCUUGUCUCUCUCUGAUCUUUUCUGGCAGUCAAACAGUCCUCAAAUAGGUUUUUUAGUUGUUAGUUUUGCUGCUGUGUUGUGAAAUAAACACACGAAAACAAAGCCACCUGUGUUUAAUAAGGCUCUCAAUAGCAUGGCUGAGGUGGCCCUGAGAGCCCCUUGUAGACACGCAGCUUCACUUUGAGAGCAAAGAAAGGGGUUGGCAAGGGAUCAUGACAUACUGCACCCACACACAACUAUUUCACAACACCUGGAGGGAGCACAUCAGAUGGCCGACUGUGUUUGCACUUGACAGAUCGCCUAAAAUGGAAAGAGACUUCUGAAAGACAUGACAAUAAAAUUCAUGAUGUAUGUGUGGCGCUUAAAGAUGGAGGUAUGUAAGGAUGGUAUGCAGGGUUAGUAGCCUAUAAAAUGAGCUAUGGAUCUAAAAAAUAUACAUUAAUAGGCCUGAAUGACACAUUAAACUUGAGUAUUACUUAAGCCAAGCAUCAGAGGAAAGCAUUUAUCAUGUAGAGCCAUAAAAUGAAGUCGCAAACCUUAUAAUGUAGUUUAAGUAAAUUAGCAGAAAGCUGUCUGAUUGUACAGGAUAAAAAAAUAUCCAAAAUCAACUUGGAUUUCCUUUUUUGCAUGUGUUAUUACAUAAAGACAUGCAGUACAGGGUGAUUUAGGCACUCAGAGUGGUACUUCUUAUCUCUUUGCUUAUCCUGUCCUUUACAUGACUUAGAAGAGUUUUCUGAUGCUGUAAUCGUGUGGUCUGACACCUGACAACCCUUAUAGCAGUUGCAGGCUUUAAGAACUUGAUAAUAGGAAAUAUAAGCCUUGUUGAGGAUGGUCUUGUUUGCUUUUAAAGGUUAUAUGGAGGCAUCAGUGUUUAUAUAAUCAUGGCCAGCUGAAAACUCCUCACUUGAGCUUUAAAGGACAGUCAAAUGAACUUUCUUCUUACCGUAUAGUCAAAUACAUACACUAUGCUGGACCUUCUUUUUUUUUUCAUUGUCUUAUCUCAUUUUCAUCCCCUAGAUAGACUCUGAUGAUGUCAUCACACGAGACGAGCAGAUUUACGUUUUGAUUGGAGCUCACGCCAAAUGUGAACGAAGCAUCAAGGCACAAAAGGCCCUUGCUAAAGGUUUGUCUGCUGUAUUUGAUUGUUUAAUUUUCUAAUGUCUACCCCAUGAAUGUUAGAUCAUCCCUGAGGAGGUUCAAUAAACCCUGGUUUCGUAGGUCAUGUCACAUGGUCUUUCCAUAGUUUGAAAUAUAUAAAUUAAUGCUUUGUAUGAAUAUUUGAUUUAAGAAAAACAAAAUUAGCUUCCCUUGUCAGCAUGUCUAGAGUUCGAGCUGAAAAACACCAGAGGUCGGUGAGUGCACAUCCAUUUACAUAACCAGAAAUGCUUUAUAUUCCAUCCACUAUUUAUGCAGGAUCAGAUAUAACACCCAUCCAAUAUCCUGCUUACAAGUAUCUCUGUCAUAACACCAAUGAAUUCAGGUGUAGACAAUGGCUGUACACUUCUAAUUCAGAUCAUUACGCAAGAGCUGAUCAUUUGCAACAAUGGUUUAUUUUUAGGAAGAAUUUUGUCUGACUGAGCCACGAUCUGAAGAGUCAAGAAAGCAGGAAAGUGAACAGUCAUAAUAGAUUAAAUUUUGGCAGGUUAUAGAAUUGGUUAAAAUUGAUCAUUUUUAGGGUCCCUUUGGGGGAGUGCUCCAUCAUGCCAUAGGUUCUGCUGGAUUUCUGCUGCAGAUGUUUUGCUGCUGUGGACACACCUGCUCCAGCCGUUUCAACGAUAUGCAUCACUCUCACCUCUGUCUAUUUCUGUCUUUCUUCCUCUCCCUCUAUCCCCUCUCUAAGCCCAGCACCGAAGCUGCAGAUGACUGUCUUACAUGAGUCUGGUUCUGCUCAAAGUUUCUGCCUAUAGAAAGAAGUUUUUCCUCUCCACUGUAACCUGCUUAAUGCUUCAAAGAGUUUCUCUCAUGUGACUGAAGAUGGAAUGGGAGUGGGUCUGAUCUUACAAGAUGGGACCAAAUCUUAUCCCAUUUUUACUCUAGGUCUUUGUAUAUAGAGUCUGGUCUAGAGCAGCUUUUUUUGUUAAGCGUGUUUGGAUAACACUUGUGAAUUGCUGCUGUGUAAAUAAAGAUUGAUUGAUUGAUUGACUUUAAGAGCUACAAAUAUAAAAAUUUCUAUAUAGUUAUUAUAUACAGUUACUGCCACAUUUAAAAGCUAAAACUACUGUAUUGUCUUGGCUUUUCUAUGGUGUUCACUUAAUUGAAAACAUCCAAUGCAUUAAUGUGACAUAAUAAUAGAUGUACUAAGUACUCAAGCUACGAUCCUGAUAAUCCUUGGCACUAUACAGCUGGAUUGGGUGAAAUCCAACACACUGGCCAGUCAGACUUCGUGUUACCCAAUACUCAAAAUCAAACAGUCAGAGUCACAAAAAGACUCCUGGGCACAGACUCAAAGAGCACAGGGCUCACUGGUCCUGUGUCUACAGACAGCACUAAAAUCCAUCCAAAAAAAAAACUUAAAGUGUAACUUCAUGAAGCUGUUUUUCUGUCUUAUUUGUGAAGAUGGUGAGUGUAACCCAGAGUGGGACGGGAUCAUCUGCUGGCCUCGGAGCAGAGCUGGUCAGUUGGUGUCUGUGCUGUGUCCAGAAUACAUCUAUGACUUCAACCACAGAGGUAUGAGGGCUGAGGAGACAGUUACAUGCAGUGUUAGAAAAAUGAAACUUUGACUUUGUCUGUCUGUAAUAUCCAAUAACACAGGCCGAGCCUAUCGCCAGUGUGACACAUCAGGGAACUGGGAGCAGGUUCCCAGUAUCAACCGGACAUGGGCCAACUACAGCGAGUGCACCACAUACUUGACCUCCAACCAUAGGAGACAAGAAGAGGUAUAACAUUUGUGUUUGUUGGCUGUGCACAUUGUUAAUAGGUAUAGGAUUUUGCUGGUGUUUGUCUUUAAGGAAAAGUAUGUUGUGUCUCUAAUACUCUGAGCAUGUUUUUGUUCUGCCCCAGAGGGUGUUUGAAAGGCUGCAUCUCAUGUACACUGUUGGAUACUCCAUUUCUCUUGCAUCUUUGUUGGUGGCCGUCUCCAUCCUCUGCUAUUUCAAGUACGAAACAAAAAAACUUACUAAAAGUUACUAUUUGUGGUUCAUGUUCAUAGUUUCGGUGUAAGACACUGAUACCCGUUCUACUCAAAGAUACAAACCUCAUCUUUUUCUCUCCCCCAGGCGUCUGCACUGUACUCGUAAUUACAUCCACAUUCACCUCUUCACCUCAUUCAUCUGUCGAGCUGUCAGCAUAUUCGUCAAGGACGCUGUUCUCUACAACAUAUCUGGUGACAGCAACGCUGAGCUCGAGUACACUGCACAGAAGCCCCAUAUGGUGAUCCAUCUUUUUUAGAUAUUCCUAAGUAUUUUCUUCAUUUUGUCAUGUUGGUGUAUAUAUUUUAGAUGAAAUUUAAUGUUCUUUGAAGAAGUUUUUAGAAUGACACAUUUAAUAUUGUAAAAAAGGUUUAAUGAUGAGAAAACAACAAUCAAGUCAACAAAAACAAAACAAUUUUUACAUUCGGGUGAUGAUACACUUUUUUAAACAUUCUAAGUAAUGUUUUAUUGAAAUUACUAAAUUUCUUCUGCUAACUGCUGCUAACUGCUCCUAAAUACUGCAUACUGCACCUUUAAGGAAUCAAAGGAAGUCAAGGCAAAAGUCCUCAGCGAGUUAUACUUGGUUUGCCAUGAGUUUACUUUAGACAAUAACUUAGGUGUAGAGACAACAUGAAACAUUGGGCUAACUUCCAGGAGCUCCUCCUUGUUGUUAGGCAACCCUGCAACUAUGACACAAUCUUGAUUUUAAUUUAAACUGCAGAAGGUAAUAUACUGAAUGAUAAAUUUGUUUCCUUGGGAAGGUGUUAUCUGUUUUUUCACCUCCCCCGUCUUUAAGCACAGACAGGAGAUUGGCUUCAAAUAUGGAUUCCUAAUUAUCUUCUUCUUGGUCCUCAGGCUGGCUGUAAAGUUGCUGUCACUUUCUUCUUUUACUUCCUGGCAACCAAUCAUUACUGGAUCCUGGUAGAGGGGCUGUACCUCCAUAGCCUCAUCUUCAUGGCCUUCCUCUCCGACAAGAACUACCUAUGGGCCCUGACUAUCAUCGGCUGGGGUAAGCAGCCAUACACUCUGUUGUCACGAACAAGCAAACACCUUUAAAACAGAUGUACAGUUUCCAUAACUUAUAACUCACUGGUUUCAGGUGUUCCCGCUGUGUUUGUGUCCAUUUGGGUCAGUGCACGAGCAUCUCUGGCUGACACCCAGUGAGUCAUGUUUUGUUUUUAACUAUCUAAUAUUAACACAACUAUUAUAUCAUAGACUACUUUAACUCUUGUGUUUCUGCUUUCAGAUGUUGGGACAUCAGUGCAGGAAACCUGAAGUGGAUUUAUCAAGUUCCUAUUCUGGCAGCUAUUGUUGUAAAACCACUACAUUUUUGUAACACAGAAGUUUAACACUAUUUGACAUUUGGGUGGCCUUACUGUUCACUUCUACCUCUGCAGGUGAAUUUCCUUCUCUUCCUCAACAUAAUACGUGUUCUGGCCUCUAAACUGUGGGAGACAAACACUGGUAAACUGGAUCCUCGCCAGCAAUAUGGGUAACUAAUUAAAUACCCUUGAAAACAAAAACGAACAACUCGCUAUUCCUCCCAUACGUUUUAUUUUUUGAUGGUUGAAUGUACCCAAAGAUUAUGCAAAAAAAUACAUUCAUAUCUCCAUAAAGUCUAGGAUAUGUUGUGCUUUUCUGCAGGAAGCUGCUGAAGUCCACUUUAGUCCUCAUGCCCUUGUUUGGAGUUCACUACAUGGUGUUCAUGGCUCUGCCGUACACUGAGGUGACCGGGCUGCUGUGGCAGGUGCAGAUGCAUUAUGAGAUGUUCUUCAAUUCAUCUCAGGUCAGAAAAUCUUUAUUAACUCUACACACGUGAUUUACUAUUGAGAUGAACUCACACCACUAUGUUUAUAACACUUUCAAUAAAAAGUACAAGAUUUAAGAAAGAAUUAUUACAAAACAUAAAGGCAGGUUUUGUGCUUUAUUUGUUUUUAGUUUUCAGUGAAUCCGAAUAUCCAAAUGAGUGAUAUGUUCCAACCAAUGACUGAUAUAGGUAAUACACUUGAAGAGAGUUAAAUGUGUAGAUCAUGGUUUAAUGUUUGCAUGAAAAAAUUUACCAACAUUCGAGAGCUCGACAUCUUAUUUAAAGCUCCAGUGAGGAACUUUUGGUUUGUGUCAAUUUUGGCGCCCCCUGUGGACAAAGCAGAUGAUUAAGCAUUAUUAUUCCACAAAAAAAAAAAAAAAAAAAAACAUCAUUCUGACUUUUGACAGUCAUUUCUGUCAUUAAUAGUAAAUAUUUUAUCUAAAAGUUGUAAAAUCCCAGCUUGGCUGACACCUACCUCCUCCCACAGAUUUUAGGUAUUGAAAAUAAUAAUAUAAAAAUCAUCACUCUUGCCUCUGAUGUUCUUGUUUGCUUUUAUAUAUCAUAAAAAGGGAGUUAAGUUGGCCAAUGGUUAAGCAGCAAAUAAUUGUCUUAACUGCUUUAAGGAUCAAUUAUCCUUUCUAAAAUAAUUUACAAAUAUAUACAAAUUGUUCUCUUAAGUGAUGUAAUUUUUGUGUUUUCAGGGCUUUUUCGUGGCAUUCAUUUAUUGCUUCUGCAAUGGGGAGGUAAUAAUUCUUUACAUAUUUAACUUUGAAGUGGACUUUAAGUGGGAAUUCUCAAGAAAACUGGGAAUCUCUGUUUUCUCCCUCCUGUUGCUAGGUGCAGGCAGAGGUAAAGAAGGCAUGGUUAAGACGCAGCCUUGCGCUGGACCUCAAACAGAAAGCGAGGAUGACCAGCAGCGGUGGAGGAGGCAGCUGUUACUACGGCGGCAUGAUGUCUCACACCACCACCUACAGUGUCAGUCUGUCUGCUGCCAAUCCAAGAAACCCCUCCUUCACGUCUGCUGCAGGACCAGGCAUCAAGCCACCACGCCAGAGCUCCCUCCAGCUCCCUAACACCCUGCCCGGAUACAUGCCAGGUGAUACUGAAACCAUCAAUCCCAAACAGGAGUCAGUUUUGCGGAAACCAGCAGGGACUGAGUCUGGAGUUAUCGCUCGUCAUACCAAGGCCAGCAAAGGGAAUAAUGAGUCCAAAAGUCAUGGAGCAUCUUCAGCACACACUCGUGUGGCAGAAGAGUCGGAAAGCAGCUCAUCUUUCAAAGAGCUGGAGACCAUCCUGUGA